UCAACUGUACAGAUUUUCGGUUCAUAUUUUUUAGCCUGUUCCUCAUAGAAUUUGUGGUUUUCUGGCAAAUCACUGGGUUGAUCUGAGGAUUAAAGUAACCAAAUAAUGACAUUUGACAUACAGUUGAAUUUCAGCCAAAACAGUGAAGGUGUUUACACAGAAUUCUUAGCUUGACUCUCCAUGACAGGUCUGACUUUCUAAACGUUUCUCCACAAUCGUGAGUAAAGAAAGAUACGCGUCAAAAUGUACUUCACAAAGUAUGAAAACCCAAAAUAAAUGGGCCGUCUUUUCUUCCGUCAUGGAAGAGCGGGAAGCUAAGGCAUUAGUCAUUGGACAUUGAUGCACUUGACUCGGACGCAAUGUCUCAAAGGAAACGGAUACGGGGAAAUCCCAGUACUGCACCUGAAGCUAGUCAGCAACCGGAUGCCCAUGAUAGUGAAGAUGAUUUGUUGUCCCAGGCUCAGACUGCCACACAAGUCCAGAGGAAUCUUGAAAAGCUCACGCCUGAGCAGAUUGAGCAAAAGGUGAGCGAAGUGGUGCAGUUCAUACUAAUCAAGGACCAGAAGAAGCUGCCCAUUAAAAGAGCUGAUAUUGUUAAGAAUGUAUUGAAAGAAUACAAAAGCAUUUAUGCCGAGAUCCUCAAUCGCGUAAGCCAAAUUUUGAAGCAGGUGUUUGGUCUGAAACUGGUAGAAAUUGAUGUCAAGAAUCAUGUCUACAUCGUUGUAAACAGGCUGGAGCACCAAGGAGGAGACUGCAUGAAAGUGUAAGAA